AUGCGGGCAUCUUAUGACGAGACAUUUACCGUUGCAGGAGAGUGGUCAUAUCCCAAAACUGAGCUUUUGGGAUUCCUGCAAGACCAAGGCUUCAUUCUCACUGGCCUUCAAAAUGUCUGUACUGUGCGAGAUUCUCGCAACGCCCCGGUGACCGCUGCGCGUCCUCCAACACUUCCUCAAAAGCUGCGAAUCUCGAAUCGCACUCAUCGGUGUACAGCACAAGUGUUUGCUUGA